AUGGCAACAUCUGUAUUCUUACGUAGUGGUUCAUCGAUUGCAUCAUCAUCAUGGAGAGGUGCUAGUAGUAUUACUGCAAUAGGCAGCAGCAACAAUAUAUAUAAAUUUACAUCAACGAGUAGUAACAAGAUUAUAAAUAGUAUUAGUAGUAGUAGUAUAGGUAGAUGCUUUAGUACUAAACAACCUAUAGAUAUUGCUAGCUUUCCACCAAGUAGAAUUAGAAACUUUAGUAUUAUUGCUCAUAUUGAUCAUGGUAAAACAACAUUGAGUACAAAGUUAUUAACAUUGACUGGAACAUUACCAAAGAAUAUUUAUGGUAGUGGAGAGGAGAGUUUAGGACAACAAGAAAAGAAUGAAAAUAGAAGAGAACAAUAUUUGGACAAGUUGCAAGUGGAAAAGGAACGUGGUAUCACUGUAAAGGCACAGACUUGUACUAUGAUCUAUCACAACAAAUCGGAUGACAAACAAUAUAUGCUUAAUUUGAUCGAUACACCGGGUCACGUCGACUUUACCUAUGAAGUGUCGCGUUCAUUGAUGGCAUGCCAAGGUGCUAUAUUGGUGGUGGAUGCAUGUCAGGGUGUGCAGGCACAGACGAUGGCAAACUACUAUUUGGCGUUGGAGGCUGGUCUCGAGGUGGUGCCUCUGAUCAACAAGAUCGACUUGCCAACUGCCAAUGUAGACUUGGUGUGUCAGCAACUGAAAGAUACGUUUGGGUUCCAUCCCGCAGACGUGUUGCAGGUUAGUGCAAAGACUGGUAUUGGGAUAGCAGAGAUAUUGCCCGCUGUGAUUGACCGUAUCCCGCCACCCGCACUGUCUGACGAGGAAGAGGCACUCGGCGAAUACCAAGCAGACGUACGAGGUGAUGGACUGCGGCCUGAUGCAUCCCGAGCAAGAGUCGACGGGCUCGCUCUAUACCGGCCAGGUCGGCUACAUGACACCGGGUAUGAAGACAACAUCAGAGGCACGUGUCGGAGACACAUUCUAUAA